UUCAAAACAUAACUUAAAAAAAUGUGUGUCUAAACAGCAAUUUUUAUAAAAUUAUUUGGAUUUUAGAGACAUUUGAAGCAUAUGUGCGUUGAUAAAAUAUGAUUAAGUAUUUCUGAUCUGUGAAUAUGAUGAAGUCGGUCGGUGUUUUUAAAAAGAUUUUUAUAAUGGCAGUCUUUUUAAGUAUUCUUCUCUCAAUUCUGCUUUGGUCAAAUCUUGGUAUCUUGAGUCUUGAUAAUAUAGACAUCAAAACUAUACCAGUGAAAAAUAAAAUAUGUUAUGUCAACUUUAAUGAUGAAAGGAGCAAUAUGAACAACAAGACAGAAUUAAAAAUGAUAUAUUAUAUAACACCUACUUAUCCAAGACCUGAACAAAUUCCUGAAUUAACUAGGCUCGCCCACACACUGAUGCAUGUGCCUCAAAUACAUUGGAUAAUUGCUGAUGAUCAACCGCUGUGCUCUGAACAAGUAUUGAGUAUUCUAAAACGAACACGCCUACCUUUCACACAUCUCUCAAGUCCUAAACCAUACCUAUAUAGAGGAGGGAACUUCCCUCGAGGAGUAGCCAAUCGACGCGCAGCAGUCUCUUGGCUCCAUGAUAAUGUUCAGGAAGGCGUGUUGUACUUUGGGGACGAUGAUAACACUGUUGAUCUGCAAUUAUUUGAUGAAAUUAGAAAUACUAAGAAAGUAUCUAUGUUUCCUGUAGGAUUAAUUGGAGGUUUUGGUGUGUCAACUCCCAUAGUCAAUAAUGGAAAGGUCAUUGGUUUCUUCGACUCAUGGCCGGGUUCCAGAAAAUUUCCGGUGGAUAUGGCAGGAUUUGCAGUCAACAUAGAAUUCUUGAGCCCAUCAGCUAACAUGCCAUACAUCGCUGGACACGAGGAGGAUCGGUUUUUGGUUAGUUUAGGUUUAAAAUUACAAGACAUCGAACCUCUAGCAGUAAACUGUUCUAAAAUACUAGUGUGGCAUACGAAAACAGUAAAAUAUAAGAAGCCUACAUUAAAAGUAAAUAUAGAUAAAUUAGAUACUGAUAAAUAUCCAAACUUUGUUCAUUUGCUCAAAGAGACAUCUAGUUUGGGAAUGGCAAAUCUAGACCCAAGUACUGGUACUAAGUUAUUUGUUACGCGUGACCGUAGAACGUACGAUAAGCUCCCAGGCUUGCACUAGUUUUCUUUUUAUUUUCAUGUGUAUGUAUUGUGUAGAUUAACAAUUUUAAUUGACGAUUCAGCGAACAGAACCGACUUUACUUUACUGACUGGUAUGACCCGUGUUUUAAUUAAUUAUUGUUACUUAUUUCAAUUUUGGUGACCUAUGUUAAUGCUCAUUGUUGUAACGCAGUAUAUAUUACAGGGUUAGUUGGAAAGGGUAUAUACUAAGCCGUAAUGAUAAACAAAAGUCGUUCGUUAAUAUGUAACUUACCCAUUAUGAUGAAUGACUUUUGUUUUACAACUUUCCCUAAAACCUUAUUAUGUUUUCGAGAAUAACUCCUUUAAAGUUGUAUUAUAAAAAUACAAUAUUAACAACAACAAUCAGCUGUUCUAUUUCAAGGUCAAGAAAACUAUUGGACAUGGCUAUUAACAAUAGCAAUAUCUUCGUUAAUAAAUUUUUACGGUCUCCAUUAUUCCAAUGUAAUAAUUUGAAUGUUAAUUCCUGGUGAAUUUGUUAAUCUAGCCCCGAAAACGUAACCUUGACCUCAUCUGUGUGUAACUUGUGUCUCAUUCGGUGGUAUUCCACCUGUGGAUGGUGUCACCAAUAAAAUAUUCAACAAAAAAUCCCAUAAAAAAAAUUCUUAGCGACACUACUUUUAUGCUUAGAGUCAUAGAACCUAGACCUCUUAGCUACUAAAUAACAGACACAGGACAUAAGGUAUAAAUAAGAAUUAACCUUUGAAACUAUGUAUUAUUUAUUCAACUACUUUUUUUGUUACGUUUUGUUUUUGUUAUGGUUUUGUUUUUGUUCUUUGAAAUUGUUUUAUUUAUUCACAUAGUUUAUUUUUGUUACGUUUAUUAGAAUUUAUCGAUUGUUCGUCUAAUUUGUACGGAAGAAUAUCCUUAAAAAUAUUGUUAAAUAUGUAUUUUUGGUAAGACAUCGUAAAUUUCUAUAAAUAAUAUAAUCUUAUUGCAUUACACCAGUCUUCUCAGGUAACUGAUAUAAUCGAUUAGGAUGUUUUAAUAAUUUG